UUUCGGGGACCAAGGAAAGAGGAAAUCUCAGGGUUCGGGGCGUCUGAGGACGAGGGGGUUCAGUAGAUCUGGGGUUCGGUGGAUCUGGGGGUUCAGGAGAAGUUAGGGUGCAGGCGACCCAGGGGUUCAGAGAUCUCCGAGUUCAGGCCUCUGGGAGGACAGGGGAGAGAGGGGUUGGGAUCGAUCGAGAAUCCAGUACAAUGGCGACGACAACAAGAGUUGAGACAACGGAACUACGGCGAUUACCCCCACCCAGUAUCAUCAGUAUAAUGAGAAGACUUCUCUCAGACACUGCACAGCUGAAUUAUCAAAGCAUCUUUAACCAUGCUAUUGGUUACCUUUUAAUGAAGGAUUUUUUGUGAAGAAUCCAGGCCGGCAUUUUUAAAUGACUUCAAAUUCUAUGAAAAGAUACGUGCCUACGAGUCAACAGCCGAAGAUUCUGUUCGGACAGAACGAGGGAAAGAGAUUUAUCUACAAUUUAUCCUCCGUCCUCUCAUCCGCUCUACAAUGAUAAUACAUCAGAAGUCAUUAAACGCUGUACAGUUUCACCUGAAUAAAAACCAGUUCCCUCCGACACUCUUUCAGCCAAUGAAGAUAGACAUUCGGGCAAAAUUCGAGCGGGAGAUGUUUCCGGAAUUUCUGCUGAGUCGACAAUUCACACGAUUCUGUCAAUGGAUCAACUUACAGAUGGAUUACCAGCCCACGCUGAACGACUUCCACAUCGAAGCUCUGAUGGAGCAAGAAUCCAUCUCGGAAUUCUACAAAGUGGAAAAAAUAGACUCCAAGAAAAAGUUCACUUUGAAGUGUCUGGACAAGAAGUUGUUAAAGCGACGCAAACAGCAGAAUCUAGCGUUGAAUGAAAGAGAGAUACUGAACACCCUGAGUCAUGAGAAAUGCAAUUUCAUCGUACAACUAAGUUAUGCCUUCCAUACUCCUGAAAAACUAUACCUUGUUGUCGAUUAUACUGACGGUGGAGAUUUACUGAGUCUAGUUGGAGCGAGUCUUUUGCUUGAGGUUGAGGUAAAGUUUUAUGUGGCUGAGAUUAUUUUGGGCAUUGAGUUUAUUCACCAACAUAACAUCGUCCAUCGAGAUAUCAAGCCCUCCAACCUCCUACUAAGACGGGACGGUCACCUCGCGAUUUCGAACUUUGAUCGGGCCUGGGAUCUGUCACAUAAACUCCCCACCGGCUCAGUGUGAGUAUCCCCCUCCCCUCCAUCCUCU